AUGACGAGGACGCAGAUCCGGAAGACUUGCUGGGCAGCGUUCGGAGAUGGAUAUGCGAGCAGAAGAACGAGCAGAUCACCAAAGAUUCCAUUCCUGCCGGCGGAUUUCAACAUGAAGGUGCGGUUCCAGGGCCACGUGGAUUCGACCCCGCCGGACCACCUCAGGUGCAUUCUCAGGGUAGUCGUCCAGGAGGCGUGCGCGGGCUGCGACCUGGCGGCCCCGAAGCUGCAGCCGGGGGCGGUGGCGAAGAGGGUGCAGCCGUGCGUGGAGAGGUGGGCGCCUCUCCUGGAGGUCCUCUUCGGCAAGAUCGACGACGUACUGGAGGGCGCCGACACCGUCAUUCACGGCAUCGAGGAGGGCAUCGAGGCCUGCCAGGCCGAGGCUGACGUGCCCGCGGCGGGCCUGGCGUGCGGCGUGGUGGGCAGCCUGAUGGCGGUCCGCGAGAUCGACAUGAUCGAAGAUGAG